UAAAAACAAGCUGAUCAGCUGAUGUAAAAGCAACAACAUCUACAAGGGUCUGACACAAUAUUUCCCAACCAGCUAACUUUCUCCGCCGCUAUAUGUGGCAGUCGGUGGCGCCGUGUGAGACAGUGUCCGGUUUCAGAACGUGUCGGGGCAGCGUCUUAGUUCACGGCUCUCCGUCGGACUGGUAGCAGCUGCUAGGUCAGUCGAUUUAAAUGAAGGUUGUUUAUGUCUCUUUGUGUGGCUAGUAUUAGCUAAUGGCUGUUUAUUAUUGACUUUCACGGCGUAUUUUGGGGCGGAAUGACUAGCAUACGACCGGCUACAUCCACAUAGCAUUGUCAGUUUGCUGAAACAAAGGAGGAGAUGCAGGGCAGCUAAUGUUAGCCAGCAAACUGUUAUGCCAAAACAGUAAGUAAUUACUGAGCUAGCCUUGGUAACUGUGCUUUCUUUUGCUGCCUUUACUAUAAACUUCCUGAAUAUCCUCGUUAAUAAGAAGCAGAGGUGCUGCAACACUUAACUUAUUAGUUGUCAACUAUUUAAUUCAUUGCGAACUAUUUUAGCGAUCGAAUAUUCUGUGAUCCUUUGUAAUUUGUUUGUUUUGAAUAGCACACCUAUUAUAAUACAGUUGUAACCAUGUCAUAUUCACUUUAAUCUGCUGAAUUGUUGUCUUAUUAUACUUGAUGUGUUGUAAAGUGUCUCUGGGUGUUUUCAAAGGCACCAACAAAUACGCUUUAUUAUUAUUACAAUUCUCUGCAACUAAGCAAAUAUUUCCCGUAAUGUUGAAGUAAUUAACUUAAAGUUAGUUGCUGCUCAAGUCUUGAUAAGUAGAUCUCUUUCUCUACUGAACAACACAUCAUAUUUUAGAACAUAUGUUUCUUAGCUGGUAAUAGAGCUGCAACGAUUAAUCGAUUAGUUGUCAACUAUUGAAUUAAUCUGCAACUAUUUUGACAAAGGAUUUGAAUGAUUAUUUAAGGGAGAAAACAUCUAAAUUAUUGGAUUCCAGCUUCUUAAGUGUGAGUAUUUUCUGGUUUCCUUUAAAUAUCUUUGGAUAGAGGACCUCAACUUGGGCCUUACGAAACACUAAUUGGCAUUUUCACUGUUUUCUGACAUUUUAUAGGCCAAACAACUAAUCGACUAAUCGAGAAAAUUAACAACAGAGAAUACUACAAUGAAAACAAGCAUUAGUUGGAGCCCUAAUAAGCAGUUUUAAGGUGCUCAGCUUAAUAUUCAGUAUUAUUUUUGGGCUUUUGGCUUUUCCUAACAAAAUAUUACAUGACAUCUGUUAGAAAAGAUUUACCCCACCGUGUAAUAACAUUGUGUCCUCCCCUGCACUGCUGUUGCAAUCCCAGCAACGUACAGUUAAAGUCACAGUUCCCACUCAUUAUCAACACCCUGAUCUGUCAGGUUUGACAUGAGUAGUCAAGGCCCAGCCGUAGAUAAAGGAAUGAAUACAAUCCUAGUCUGCCAGGAGAGCUAUGCCUGUGGAGGUUCAGACGAGGCUGCGUUUGAAUGCGAUGAAUGCGGCAGCCUGCAGUGCGCUCACUGCGAACUGGAGCUGCAUCGCCAGGAUCGGAUGAGGAACCAUGAUCGGGUUCGGAUCGCACCAGGCCACGUUCCUUUCUGCGACUCCUGUAAAGGUGACAGCAGCUGCUCUGGAAGGCUCAGAGCGGUGGUGCGCUGCCAGGGCUGUAAGAUCAACCUGUGUUUGGAUUGCCAGAAACGAACCCACAGCGGAGUCAACAAGAGGAAGCACCCUCUGACACCUUAUCCUCCUGCCAAAGCUGCUCAGGAGAACAGCGUGACUUCUGGGGAGUCGGAGAUGGAGAUCCUCAAAGCCAAGCUGGAGAAGGUUUGCAGCUUUCUGUUGGUGGAUGAGAAGGAGGAGAUGCAGGUGAAAGAUGAGGAAGACUUCGUGAACAGACUCGGCUGCAGACCAGAUGAGCUCCUCAAGGUGGUUUCUAUCUUUGGAAAUACUGGGGAGGGCAAAUCCCACACCCUGAACCAUACCUUCUUUCUUGGGAGAGAAGUUUUCAAGACCUCCCCCACCCAGGAAUCCUGCACUGUGGGUGUCUGGGCAGCGAUGGACCCUCUGCACUGGGUCGUAGUCAUCGACACAGAGGGACUCCUUGGGGCUGGAACUAAUCAGGGUCAGCGAACUCGACUCCUCCUCAAGGUUCUGGCCAUUUCCGAUGUGGUUAUCUACCGAACGCACGCUGACCGUCUUCAUGACGAUCUCUUUAAGUUCCUUGGUGAUGCGUCAGACGCCUACUUGAAACAUUUCACCCGGGAGCUGAAGGCAACAACGACUCGUUGUGGUCUGGAUGUUCCUCUGUCCACACUGGGCCCUGCAGUCAUCAUCUUCCACGAAACCGUCCACACCAAGCUGCUUGGAUCAGACAAACCCUCUGAAACGGCCGAGCGCCUCCUCCAGGAACGUUUCAGGAAGCUGGGUCUGUUCCCAGAAGCAUUCAGCUCCAUCCAGUACCGUGGGACUCGCACCUACAACCCUCCGACAGACUUCAGCGGUUUGCUUCGCAGCCUGGAGCAGCAGCUGGACAACAACACCACCCGCUCUCCACGUUCUGCCAGCGUCAUCUACAAAGCUCUGCAGGCCCUGAGUGAACGCUUCAGUGGAGAGAUAUCAGAUGAACACAUGACCAGUAAUUCCUUCUUUCCAGAUGAGUACUUCACCUGCUCCAGCAUCUGCCUCAGCUGUGGGUCGGGCUGUAAAAGAAGCAUGAAUCACCUAAAAGAAGGACUUGAUCAUGAAGCCAAACAUCGCUGCCGCUACUCCGCACAAUACGACAACCGCAUCUACACUUGCAAGGCCUGUUAUGAGGGAGGAAAGGAGGUCAUAGUGGUUCCCAAAACGACGGCGUCGUCUGACUCACCGUGGUUUGGUUUGGCCAUUUACGCCUGGUCAGGGUAUGUAAUUGAGUGUCCCAACUGUGCAGUGAUCUACAGAAGCAGGCAGUACUGGUAUGGAAACCAGGACCCAGUGGAAACAGUGGUCAGGACAGAGAUCCAGCACAUCUGGCCCGGGUCUGACGGUUUCUUGAAAGACAACAACAACGCUGCUCAGAGGUUGCUGGACGGAGUCAAAUACAUUUCUCAGUCUGUGUCCGAACUCAGCGUCAAACCUGCCAAAGCCGUCACCUCCUGGCUCACCGAUCAAAUCGCUCCCGCCUACUGGAAACCCAACUCCCUCAUCCUGAAAUGCUAUAAAUGUGCAGAGGAGUUCCAGCCCAACGACACAAAGCACCACUGCCGAGCCUGUGGAGAAGGUUUCUGCGACGCCUGCUCCUCUAAAACCCGACCGGUCCCGGAGAGGGGCUGGGGCCUGGCUCCCGUCAGAGUCUGCGAUGCUUGUUUCCAUAACAGGGGAAUCCCAACUGAGCUGCUGGACGCUGCCUUGGAGGAGGAGGGAGGGACGCUGAUCGCCAGGAAGGUCGGGGAGGCCGUUCAGAACACAUUAGGAGCUGUGGUUGGUGCUAUUGACAUACCUCUUGGCCUGGUGAAGGACGCUGCUCGCCCGGCCUACUGGGUCCCAGACCAGGACAUCCACUCCUGCUGCGAGUGCCAAAGGGAGUUCACCGCCCGUCUCUCCAUCCACCACUGUCGGGCCUGCGGUCAGGGCGUCUGCGACGACUGCUCCCAGGAGCGACGCCCGGUUCCGUCCCGCGGCUGGGACCACCCGGUCAGGAUCUGCAACGGCUGCAGCCAGAAACCCGGAGAGCUCUAGCAGGACCAGAAGCUGAAGCUGGAACACUGCGAAAACUGGAAGUGACAGCGUUUUGAGUCUGGCUGAAAAGGCUUAACUUGGGGUUUUCUGGCUAGUAGAACUCGUCUUUUUUUAUUUGGUCUCACUUCACUUCAGUCCCUUCUUGAUCUUAUUUCACUUUAAUAUGCCUGUAAUUUUACACUGUGAAGAGUCAAACUUAAAUAUCAAGAAGACAAAGCAUCUCAGAAAGAUCAUGGAAGUGAGUAUUUUUCAUGCUUGAUCAUGACUGAUUUCAGGUAAACAUCCAUGUGGCCCUUUAGAUCCGUUCAGUCAUAUUAAUACACAUGGAUCCCUUUGACAAUCCCUCCCAGUAUGAGCUACUAAUACAUUAGCACCUUUUGUGUGGCACAGCAUAGACAUGCUGACUGAUUUUAUACUGAUAUCAGAUUGUAAGUUGAUUUCUGCACGAGUCCAGGGUGUGAAAUUCAGGUCUGGCUUUAGAGAGAAAGAUGGAAAACCCUCAAAAUGAUCCAGCACUUUUAAUUUUGACCCAUGUUUGAAUGCCUUUACAGUAGUUUUCCUGCUAGCGUUAGCUUUUCUGCCACCUUUUGGCUUCACAAGGUUUUUGUUAGAACAGUCAGAAGCCAACAGUGUACUGUAGCAUCCAGAUGCAUUCCAACUUCUAUAUAAUUUCAUAGUAAUUACUACUUAAUUAACCCCUUGAUCCUUUGUGGCUGUUUGUGAACUUGAACGGGCCGAUGAUAAAAGAGCAGCCUUAAUAAUGCUGUUAAAUUUUACAUAGAAUAUACAGGAACAUAUAUGGGAAAAAGUUUACUUUAAUAGGGAAAUCUUUAAGUUUUGUCAAUAAAUGUCAAAGCUACUAUCUGUUAACAGGACUAGUGUGACUGCAGUGGGGUUAAGUGAUGCUGCUUUUAUAGCGUUGCUGGCUCACAGUAGCAUAACGGUACAGAAAAGUCUUCCUCUUUGAGGCUGGCCCCUCAAAACGAGACAACUCAGGCUGUGCAGCUGGUCAGCUCAGAGCUUUCAAAAGAGAUGCAGCCAUGUUUGCUUGUGUUUUACAGAGUAGAUAGAUAUGACACAUCAUGCUGACAGGCUUUUGUGGCAUCUGACUGAUUUUUUUUUUUUUUUUUUCGCUGACUGACUGGGAGAGUUGGUUUGAUGUCAACAAAUAAGCUGAAACAGAAGGAGAUGAUGAUCAUUGAAUAUAGAUAUCACAUGGAACCAAUCAAUACCUUGUGUUCAUGUAUACUCAUAUUAUUAAACUGCAGAAACUCAA